AUGACGGACAGUGUAUCGCCUUCCCUGCUGCUGCUCCCUCCGCCGCCGCACCCGGCGAAUCGUGCCGCCUUGAGUGCUGCCUAUCGCCCUUCGCUCACUUCAGUCAUCGCACGGCUCAAGCAGCUGGAUCAUUCACAUGGUGCCGUACUCAUUGUCGCUGUUGCCGCUCCCGUGCUCGAAGGUCCUUUCCGCCGGAGCAAGUCGCUUCAUUGGUCGGAUGCACAGUCGCUACUGGCUGGCAUAUAUAGCAUCCUGUCCAUUGUUUGCGCCGAGCUGCAGGUCAAUGCUGUUGUCAACGCCGGGCGGGGCUCCGUCGAUGCCCGUGUCGUGCUCGUGGACCAUCGCCCUACUCAGAGCUCAGGCCUGGAUGACUUCAGGCCCGCGAUAGAGACGAACAACACUGUCGUCGUAGAUCUCGCCACUUUUGCCUCGGCCUAUCACCCUUGGAGUCACAUCUUCAGCGUGGACACCGAGGCAGGACACCAGUUGUUGACCAAAUUCCUAGUUUUGCUAGAGAAGAUUCAGGUUCUGAAGCAAGACCAGAUCAUCACUGUCCAAGGUGGACUAACCUUGAACAUUGCCUCUUCUGCUGCAUCUGGCCCAACAACGCCAUUGUACGAUGUUGUAUGUCUCGGUGGCACAUUUGAUCAUCUGCACCCAGGCCACAAAUUACUCCUAACUGCUGCUGCCUUACUCUUAAACGUGCCCCCAGAUGCACCCAGCAAGCCCUGCCGCUUUGUCAUUGGUAUCACGGGCGACGAAUUGCUCAAGAACAAAAAAUAUGCCGAAUUUGUGCAGUCUUGGGAUGACCGGGCCAAUUAUGUCAUUGAGUUCCUGUCAUCCAUUCUCGCACUUCGGUUGCAAGGCUGGAAGCACGGGCAGACUUUGAAGCUGGAGCGGAAAGAUGGCGGCAUCUCGGCACUGUUCCGAGACGACACCAUUUCCAUCGACUGCGUUGUUAUACAAGAUGCCUAUGGUCCUACUGUCACCGUCGAGGCCAUGGAUGCUCUGGUUGUUUCUGGAGAAACCCGUUCAGGCGGCGCUGCCGUCAACGACAAGAGGAGGUCCCUUGGCUGGCAUGCCAUGGAGGUUUUCGAGGUAGAUGUCCUCAAUACCGAGGAUAUCACCGACGAGACAGCGCAGAAGAGUGAUUUUGCAACCAAGAUUAGCAGCACUGCCAUCAGAAGGCAAAAGGCCGAGUCACGCAUGUAG